AGGAGCCAUAGGAUUCGAGACAGUCUCAUCUUCAGGUUUCUUACAACAUCUUCAUCCAUCCUGCUUUUCGCGCAUCAAAUUGUUCUUCAAUUCGAAAGUAGAUCUAGAUUUUUGGUUUUGAUCUCUGUCUUCCACAAAACCCAGUAGUUCAGAAACGAAAUUCCAAAAAACAAGUCAUGCAGCAAGGUGGUUACUACAAUACCAAUACUGGAGGAGGCUCCUCCUUUGCCCCUCCAACCCAGGCUAACCAAGCUAUGUACGGCUUCGGAUGGUUCAACGGUGGAGGCUCUUCAUCCAGAACUAAUGUUAAGGCUACCGCUCAUGCUCAAGCAUCGAUCCAUCCCCUUCCUCAGCAUUAUAGAUCCUUGGAGGUUCCUUGUUUUCUACUUGAAAAAGGCGCCCAGACUGCGCUCAGCAGCAAUGUUUCCCAACUACGCGGUAGUAGGAGCAGCUCUAAUACUGGUUACAAUACCUACGGUGGUGCGCCCAAUCCCUAUUUGAUUCCUGCUGGAAACGUGCGUGAGAUUGUAGAAGAAGAUCCCGCGAAGGUGCACGUGCGUAAGGUAGAGGGCGAGCAAUUGAGACUGCUGGACGCUCUUUUUCGCCGUCACGAUGAACUGAGCGCACGCAGUCAUAAAUGGAAUUUUGUGAAUUUAAGACAAGAAUCAUGCAAAAAUUUUAGCUGGUGCUUCUGCGAAGAAUCAAACUCACGCGAUACCUUUCACUCUCUAACCUCCGUCCUCGUCUACGCUGGAGUGAUUGCGAAUGUCGCGAUCUUGUAUGCCAAAUCGAACUGGAUUCCGGACGACAUCAAGGCUCAACUCGGCGAACACAGUAGCCGUGAAACGACUACAACGCUUUUUUUGAUACUCGGAUGUAUCAUGUUGUUUUUGGUAUGGCUUUGACAUCUGUUGCUUUGAUGUAAUGGAGGACGACCUCGUUGUAAUUAUUGUAUGGCUUUGACAUCUGUUGCUUUGAUGUAAUGGAGGGCGACUUCAAGCAUUCGCACCAGCACAUCUAAUCUUCUGGGUCCUCUUUUCCAUCGUCGCCAAAGGAGCGGCGCCGACCUUUCAAUCGGCCUUAGCGGAGGAGCUGAAGGGAGAGGCAGCGGCUAAAAUCGCCAGCAUUUCCGACUUGCAAGAAUUGAUUGAUCCGACGCCUUGGGUCUACACCAGUCGGCUGCUAAAUCAGAUUGGGUUGUGGACCACGGUGGGCUUUCUCUUUUUCCAGACGUUCUUUAUCUUUUUCACGAUGACGAACUCGGUGUUCCAUCAUAAUGGCGAGUCCUUACGUCGAUUUGCAGGCCUUGGAACCUCUACUGCGUUGCCGCAUAAUACGGGGUCUGCCAGCACUCGCCCGACCGGUUUAAAACUCGGUAAGUUAAGGCUGGGGGGGUUGACGUUUCAGUGUUUUUCUCUCAGGAGGAGUUAGAAUCCACGACUUCAUCUUCUUCUCUAAUCGAAGAGGAUCUGGCUCUCUUCUUCUCUAAGAGAUCUUCUCUUCUUCUCUAAUUAAAGAUGAUUUGGUUCUGGAUUUCAUAUCCGUCGGACUCGUCUUGGUGGCUACGGUUGCGGCGGUCGUGAUGAUCGCCACCUUUCAAUGUCGUGAUCAGGAAGAACAGAGCAAAACGGGAGUGAUGGAAGACGUUAUGAUUCAUGGUUCAUCCUCUUGCUCUAGUUGUAAGUAGAAAAGGCUACUCGCAGCUCUUGUUGUAGACCACGUUGUAGACAGCCACUGCCUCCACACUCGUCAUUAUGUUCCUCUGUUAGCACCUUUUUAGUAAUAUACAUAGGUCACGAGCACGAGCUUGAUUUCUUUUACACAUACAUACUUAAACAAGGCUGCUAUGUUGUAUGAAUCUCCUCACCUUAGGCACUUUCUUCUAAUUUUCCGACCCACCAAUUGCAAAAUAGUAACCAGAAGCAGCAACUUAGUGUGAUGGACCAGAUGAAGUACGAAGCGAUCUUGAAGGAGAAGCAGAAUGCCCAUACGGGAGCAGACAACUGCGCAGGUGCUUCAGUGUCUGCGUGGACUUUCAUCGCAAUCGUUUUGACGCUUUUUGGCAUCACGCUGUACAACUUGUACAAGCAUGAGAUGAGCAUCCACUUCUUUUUUCCGAUCGCUUGUGGAUUUUUCGCGCUGUUCUGCAUGCUCUCGGCGGUAUUAGAUAUAUAGAUGUACAGACGUAGUCUCUAGGAGGCAUCUUUUUGCCGGAAGUGGUUGCAAAAAAUGGACGGAGCUACGCGCGCAACUGGAGGGACUCGAGCGCGGGGUCUUUCAUAUCGCGCAAGAUGUUUAUAGGAGGCGGGGCCGCCUCAUGUCGUGCAAGAACUGGCUGAAGCCGGUGAAGCUCUUGAGGAGCUGGAAGGCAUUGGCGCGGCAAUUGCCACGCCUAAGGAGCUCGCCGCCCUCGGCUGCUUCGGUAUCAGCUCCAUUGCCGGAGAUGAGCGAGGCCUAUGCGUCGGCUUGGCUGCUUGCUAUGUCUCUGCAGGUGUACAGUGUCCCGGACGCGACUACAACGAAGAAGAAGGCAGUAGGCCGGGCAGAGUGGCCACCGGUAGGGUGGGCGAAUUGCUUGCCAUGACAGGCCACAAAAGUGAGGACGUCGCCGAGCUCCGCGCCUGUUGUGAGGCUAGGGACUCUCCGGGCUGUACACGCCAGCAGUACUGCGACAAGUGUAAAAGUAAGAGCGUGCCCAAGCUACACAGGGGCAACUGCAAAGCUGUCGAAAGAGAAGGCGCGGGGCGCACGGCCAGGCAACACAUAGGCAAAGGCGUCGAAGGAGUGCGCGCAACCGGCUCGGCCGCGAGUGAUAUGGUGAGUGCCCGCAGACUGGCUGAAUUUCUUACGAAGUCCGUACCGCUGGCGCUGUCGCUAGUCGUGUCCCGGGUGCGACAAUCAACGACGAAGGAAGUAGGCUGAGCAGAGUGGCCACCGGUAAGCGGAUUGCUGGCCAUAACAGGCCGGGAAAGGAAGGACGUCGCCAAGCUCCGCGCUUGUUGUGAGGCUAGGGGCUGCCUGGGUUUUACGCGCCAGCAGUACCACGACAAGCGUAAAAGCUUGCCCAAGCUACACAGAAGCAACAGCAAAGCCGUCGAAGACUUUGGGGGCAGGCAUGGCAGGCCAGACUGCCAGCGGCUUGGGAAUCAAUCGGCCGCGGGUGCCCGGAUCAGAGCAGGCGAAGAGCAUGCGGCCCAAAAAGGCAACCGGAUCAAUUUCCCAGCUCCUUCAGUAUGCGGCGCUGAAACCUGAGCCGAAGACACCGCGGGAACUUUGCAGACGUGGAGGGGUCAGCCUGGGUGCGAGAUGAUGCGACUUCUUCGUCGUUUUCUACUGCCGCCCAGCGACGUCGGGCGCUUGCAUGUUGAAGCCGAUAGGGGUAGGGCCGUGAGUAGUUCGCUUCCGGCUGCAGCUCUGGCGCUGCGAACUUAGCUGCAUGAUACCCGAAGAGGGGGCUCCUGCAUCUGCCAAAAAGCUGCCCGCGAAGGUCGCCACCUCUUGGCGCCAACUAAGUCUCUUUCGCACCACAGUGAGACCUGAAGGGGCUUGGUUUGAUGCGGGAGCGAGUUGGCUUUGAGUCAGCUGUGAAGUCGGAUUGCUAGCGCAAACCGAAGACCCAGAAAAAGAGUGAGGGGGUUGGGCUGGCUGGGUUCUGGUCGAGAUUCAUGCCUUUGAGGGUAUUCUUUGCGAGUUUCUGCAUGAUUUGAAAGGACAAAAGCACAGAGAAAGAAGAGGCACAACCUUGAAGGACCAGAACAAUCUGCGCCGAUUUCUCCACCUUUGAAGCUUUGGGGGCCUUGUAGUGCCACAGAUGGCGAGAGAAGUCAAGCCCAUGCGGGCAGUUUCAAAACUCUUGGGCGUCCUCUGCGCCGUUCGUUCUUUCUUCUUGCGUGUUCAUGGGGCAACACGCAUGAGGCCGAUCAGCUCAGGAGAGGGAGAACCAUCGAGAACGGGAUGAACGGAGUCGGCGCGCCGCCCUUCCGUCUGGUACAGUCUCCACAGCCGCGCAACCCAAGAGCACUAGAGCCAGAGGCGUUCGCGCGACGCGUGGGCUCGGGCGUCGGGCAUGGUGAGAAGAGAAGCCAGUCGCCGGGACGGUGGGCGGCACUGGAGACGACGGCGCCGCAACAUCAGGGGGAGGGGAGCGCGAUGGGAUCACUCGCAACGGGAGGGGGAGGGUACGCGCGCACCCUCCUCCGCGUGGUGCUGGGCAAGCCGCUACUGCUGCAGCUUCGGGCCCCGGGGCGGCGACCUCUUCGACGGGAGUGCCGUAGGCGUGUUGUAUUCAGUUUUCUCUUUCUAUGGUGUGCGCGGGGUCUGCGGAAGUUUCAAACGCACAGGGCAAGACGUUUGCUGCGGCAGCAUCGAGCCCGCAAGUUCUUUGUCAGCCGUGGCCCGUUAGCUUUUGCGCCAAUGGAACAAGUAAGUUCGGGCGGAUAGCUUGCGGCCAUCCUUAAACAAAACGGCUGGCCUGGUAGUCUUUUUCUUCGAAAGGGCGGGCCUUGUAGAGGGAAUGACGCGAGGGAGUGCGCCGCGAUGCGUUUUAUGAAGAGCAUUCGCAUGCGGUGCGCACCUCAGGCCACAGCCCCGAGGUGGAACCCUCGGGCCAAGAAGGUGAUGAUCGUAAGCCAUUCUUCACAAGACUAACACACAAGGAGCCCAGCGCCGCCGGCUCGGGUGGCUCGGCUCCCCGUCCCAAGGUAGCCGCCGCAGCUUCUCCCUCUGGGAAGGAACGGGAGCCACGACAGGCGCUUGUCUCUUUAAUCUUUCGUCAGUUAUUUGAAUUUGCUUCGUACGCGUUUUUUAUUUUUUCUCACCAUCAUCCAUGUUCAGCGGUACAACUAGCAGUUCUUGGGCGUUUGUUAGGGCUUUCCAAAGUCCUUGCUUGCCUCUUCUACUGGCUCGCUUGUUUCGCUCAAGAGCAAUCUACUGCAGGGGCCAGAGUGGCCAGCUCUUGUCUGGUCGCCAUCCCCAUCUAGUUUUGAAGCUUGUUGGUUGUGGUUCUCAGUGACAGUGAGAUCACAGCGAAUGUCUCUUUUUGCCAUCAUUACAACUCAGAUUUCGAACCAUGUUUCAUCGGAUGAUGCAUGUGCAGCAGAGAGUAAAACUGCCAUGGGAGCUCAGCGACGCCGCUCCGCAGUCCUUUUCAUGGUGCUUGCGCUCCUUCUACUUUAUUACAUGGGAUUUUUUGUUUUAUGGCCGCCACUACCAGUGAUCUGCAUUUGAUUUUGCACGUGCGUCCUUCCUUGUGAUUGUGUAGCUAGUUGAAUGCCUUUUUAGAAGUCAUAUCCUUCGUCUUGCGCUUUUUAUUCCAGCUCGCUGGUGCAGGUUUCUCUGACAUGUUGUAAAAUACUCUUCAUCUUGACGUCUUCAUCAAUCCAAUCCAACCCAAAAGUUGGUAUGAGAAAGAUGAAUCGUUCUAAUCUUCAUUUGUUUCAACCUGUAUUGCAACAUUGUGGAAAAGUACCAAGAUUGGUGGGCGAACAACAACAACUGGCGCAAUAUUAGUUAAGAAGCGGCAAUCGAUAGUAUCUCUUAUAAAGUUCCAUCAUGAUUAGCAUAUCUCUCUCUCUUUUUGACAUUCGUAGUCGUUUCUCUUGCCUGAAGAAGAAGUAAAAAUGGUUGAGAUUCUCGGAGGUCUAGGAAUACCAAUUCUAGAUCGUUCUCCUGCUGCUGAUGCAUACCAUAAAAAUGCGAAAAAUCUCUUUUUACUUGUACCAGGAGAAACCCUAAGCCCUAAGUAAUGAUGAUAGUCCUUUAACUCUCGGAAGAGCCUCGCUUUAUCCUGACCCGUUCUUUUGCGUUCGUGUUCCAGUAUUUGAUGGUUUUGGCCUUGCAUGCCAUGGGCGUCGGCGUCGAGGGCCUUGCUAUGAACACGCAAAUGCACUUAAUCGAUUGCUGCCGUCAAGUAAGCCAGAUGUUGCUGGUGGCGAAAGUUAUGCGAAAGAUCAUGUUCAUGCCUCUCUGUAUUUAUACUAUAAGAACAAUUAUAAGUAUGAAAUAGAAUUAAAAUAGAAAAUGAACAUCUUCUGCAGCAAUGGUUGAGUCUGUUGACAUUAUGAUGAAGAAAUGUGUUAGAUUUACGAAUCAAGGUUUCAUCAAUCGCGAUCGUUCUCCAUCUCACCUCCUUGUGAUUCAACGAGCAGCCUUCCUUGUGAUUCAACGAGCAGCCUUCCUUGUGAUUCAACUUACCUUCCUUGUGAUUCAACUGACCUUCCUUGUCGUGAUUCAAUUAGCUUACUACACAAGAACCAAGUCUCCUCUACUAGCUACUGCUAACAAAUUCGAGAAACAAGAAAAGCGGCAGGGUGGUGGCUCACCUAGCUACCCUCCUUCGGCUGGUCAAAUGGGCCAAAGCAACGGUGCAACAAUCAUCAUCCAGCAACAACCUCAGCCGAACAUGCGCAACACUGGGUAUGGAGCGACAUACAGUUGAGUACAAAAGGGUUAGGAGGAAGAGUCGAGAAGGAGGAAGAUGAGGAACAAGUACUCGAAAACUGAAAAUAACCAAGUUAGUGACUGAAAUAAGGCGGGAGGUAGCUCUAGCCGGCUACUCUUUGUUUGUUCUUCAGUAUCUCAGUUAUUCUGAUCAGUUAUACUUGCUUAUUUCCUUUUCAGUUUAUCGAAUAGUAGACAACUCAGGAAGCCCGUGCCAGGACAAUGAGUUGUAUGGGGCUGUUCAGGAACCACAUGGUCAGGAGCUGGUAGUUGUGCCAGAUCAUCAAGGUGGUGGAGAUGCUGGCGUAAAAAUGACGAAGAUGAACAUGGAGAUGAAGGUUCAAGAAUGGUUCUGGAGACUAUAGUGAUGCUCAGGCCUUCUGAAGUUCAAACAAUUACAAUUAGAUUACAACGAGGAGCCUAGAAAGUUUCGUUACACAUAAGGAUAAGUAGAAAGACUCGAUCAUGAUUGAAAAAUACGAAUGCAGCCUCUGUUUGUAGCUUCAGGCUAAGUUGUCACUGAGAUGAUAACAAGCUUCCAUUUUGGGAAUAAAGGUGUUGGAUUAAAUUUUGAGCAGGGCGUAUUUAGAAGAUGAAGUACUACACUAGUUUGAUAAAAAAGUAUUCUGCGUUCUUGUAGCGACCCAUUUGCUUGCACUACAAGUUCUUCUAGCAUGAUUCCUUGUUGACACACUUAUUUUUUUCGACACAUCUACUAAAAGGGCAUGAAACCAAGCCGUCCGAACGAAUCAGGAACCCUAAGCCUUCUAAAGGGGCAUGAAGCCAAGCCGUACGAACGAAAGAGGAACCCUUCUAAGCCUUCUACUUAACUCGG